AUGACGAAGAUAGGACUCAGCUAUGUAAAGUCCAUCAACGCCGCAACUGCUCACCUGCGUUUCUUCAGCAAAAUCCCUGCUUUGCGUAUCGAAAAUCGUCCCGAAGCCAAGUGCGCUCGACCAAGCUCUAGUGGGAAUCAACACCAUCUGACUAUUCAAGAGGAUAUCUAUCGCUUAGAUGAUGCAUUCAUCCACAAGAAUUGCACCAACGUCCGAGCGGCCAAGCAGAGUCUCCCCAACUACAAGGAUAUAGGUGCCACUCAUUCAGAAAGCGGCCAGGACGUGGAAAUGGAUUUUAGAAACAUGAGUGAUGCCUCUACAUUUUAA